CUCUGUUCCUCUCCACCUGGCAGAGAUCGUCUUGUCGAUCUGCUUGUAAUAAACGAUCUUUGUUGGCGUUGCUGCCACGGUAACGUCACUGUCAGAGUCAGAGGAGUUAACUCCUUAUUAUUGUUAUUUUAAGUUAGCUAGAAACCCAACUCCGUAUAAACUGACAGCUUGCGUUCUGUAUGUCUCAGCUGUGUAUGAGUCGAGGUUUGGUAGAAUACAAGUUUUUCUUUGUUGAAGCUGUUUUCACAGUUGCGCUGUGCCCCAGCAACGUGCUCGCUGGUCAUCUAGCCUCAGGUGGAGGUCACUGAAUCCCCGGACAUCGAGGGAGGAUGCAGAGAAGAUAAUGACGACAACAAUGUAUGUUUUGUCCCAUACUGUUGUCCAGAUAUCAGCAGGUCAGAUGAACCAGGAAGAGGUUUUGUCAAAGCUGAAGAAGGAUGUUCGUUCUUUGCUCAUCUCUUCUAAGCUGGGCUUGGAGCCUGACCAGCUCAGGCGGGACUAUGUGGACAUGUUGGGGCAUCCCAUGCCCCUGAAACACCUGGGCUUCAGGAACAUCAUGGAUAUGGUGAAGGAGAUGCCUGACGUGGUGUCUAUUAACUUCAGAACAGAUGGCACCAUAUUCUUAAAGGCCGUUAGUCACGAGACCACCCGAAGCAUUGAGGAGCUAGUUGCUAAUCAGCGCCUGUCUAAGGCCGACAAGAGGGUCAAGAGUCAAGGUGUCAGCUACUUCUCUCCCCGCUACCAUUACCAGCCGCCCUCUUUGGUCCUUCCCAGAAGAGGUCGUCCUCCUGUGGCUAUCCCUGCCCAGCUGAGGGCACAACUUCGUGUGCUGCUCGCCCAGGGUCCUCUGCGGUUGUCUGAACUGGAGUCCUCUUUCCUGCGCUGCUUUGGCCACCCACUGCGUGUUCACGACUACGGCUUCUACUCCACUGGAGAGAUGCUGCAGACAGCGGCGGACCUGGUCCUCAUCAAGCAAACCAGGCUGGGCUCAGUUGUGUCUCUGAGGGAACAUAUGCUGCCCAGGCAGCUGAUCAGGCCGUUCAGCUUACCAAAGAAGGCUGGACCUAUAAAGCCAGUCUUGCCGAGACCUGACCAGGCAGUGUCUAAAGUGCCAGAUACCACAGCUCAGAAACCAACAGUGCCCCCAGCUGAAGACAAAUCUACUGUUGACCCUGCCCAAAAUGAGUCAACAACUGUCUGUAAGAAACUAGAGAUGUCUGAGAAGAACCAGGAAGGGGAACAAGAGCUCUGCCAGGAAGGUCAGCUCUUUCAGAAACGCGUCCUUAAGCUGGAGGAGGAGCUUCGCCAGCAAAUUUUAGAGAAUGGAAUCGCUGGCAGCAUCAGUCAGGAGCUGAAGGACAAAGUACGAAAGGUUGUAGGUCAGACCAGCGGUGGAUUAUUGGUGCGUGAUCUGCCUGCCGAGUACAAGAGGCUUUUUGGCGAGGACUUGCCACUGCGACAGAGUGGCUUUUUCAGUGUCCAUGAAUUGGUCAGCGCCAUGAGUGACACCAUCCACCUGAAACCUGCAGGGCAUGACAGUGGACAACACUGGAUAGUCACAGACAUACAGGACAGUGACAUUACGCAAUCAGAUUCAAAGGAAACUGAAAGUUUUGAUGAAGGCUACUGCUUCAGGUAUGGAGAGUCUCCUUGGGAAGGCAAAGUGGAAGGAGAUGACUGUGAGGAAGUCACAACAGAUGACAAGAAUAAGGAGCUAGUGACAAGUAACAAAUCCAAGACCCAGGAAAUGCUCUACCCCGCCAUUCAGGUGCAUUGCAGCUCUGCAGUGCCCCUGGACGCCCUGCAGAGUCAACGUCUCAAACAGCCAACACGCCACGGUGCCCGAGAGCUGGUAGAAGUCCUGGUGGAGCAGGUGGAGUCCCCUGGACAUUUCCACAUCCGCUUCAGCGAGAGUGAGGAGGCCCGUGCUAUGGAGGACAUGAUGAUUGAGAUGAGACGAUGCUACACCUGUCCUGAGGUGUCAGAGCGCUACCGUCUCCCUGAGCGGUUUGUCCGACGUGGUCAGGCCUGCUGUGUGUCGCCCAAAGGAAUGUGGUUCUACCGGGUGAUCAUCCAUCAGAUCAUCAGCCCCACACAGGUCGAGGUGUACUACGUCGAUUUUGGCGACAUAACCGUGGUACAGAGCACCAACCUCAAGUUCCUCAAGUCAUGUUAUUCGGCUCUUCCUGCGCAAGCUGUUCCAGCAUCACUCGCUGGAAUUAAACCCAUCACUGGCAGCUGGAGUGCUGAGGCAACGUCUUCUUUCCAGAAGCUGUGUGCCGGCCGCACCCUGGUGGGCGCUUUGGAUUGCUACAUCGGAGAUGUCCUUCAGAUCUUCCUCUGUGAUACACACACUGAAAACGACAUCUACAUCCACUCAGUCCUACUGAGCCAGGGCCUCGGGACAGCCUGCAGCCCCACAGCCAGUGCAGCACUUUGUGUCAACGUCAGGCCAGUGAGUCUCUACCUGGGGAAGGGAAUGGUUGACCUGCCAGAGGUAGAAGAAGAGGCCACUUCCUCCCCCAAGCCAGCAGACACCAUUGAACAGUCCAUGUCAACUUCACCGAAGGUUGAAGAAGAACUGCCUGCCCUGGAGUUUAUUGAGGACAUUGAUGUCAUCUGUCACAUCCAGAGUAGGGAUCCCAGCCUGUUCGAUGGGCAGUUACAUAACCAAACCCUCAGUACUGAAUCAGGCUGGGCUGUGACCAACAAAUCACCUCCCACCAACCAUUCCAGUCCCACCUCCAGCCCUCUCGCACACCCAGAUGUGAUCCAGACACCAGCUCCCUGUAAAGCUGAGCUUAACACCUCCAGCACGACUCCACAAACCCCAUCCAGCGUUAAUUUCAGCUCCUGCUGUCCAACACCAGAGGGGGAGUGGAUCCGGCCCAUGGCCUCUACCCCAUUGUUGGUCAAGCCACCUCCAAUCCUGAGGACCCUGAGCCCUCACACCCCUGAAGUGGGCAAGGGUGGACCGCUCCAUCUGCGAAACUCUGGCAUCCUGUUUCCUCUGUUUGGGGCGAGGUAGGUCAUGCCCCCCACAUCCAGCCCAAACCAAACUCCAACUCAUCCACCUGAAUGAGUCAAAACACAAACAAAGCAAUAAUCAUUCCAUGAUAACUACACAGCUCAUAAAAGAUCUUGACAUUCUUCAGUGAAACUAGAUUGAGUGGAAAGUAGUCAAAGCAUUUUUAUUAGAAGUUAUUUGUCAUGUCAUUUAUAUUGUAGUUGAAUUGUAUGUUGAGCUCUGAUUGUUAGUUUGAUAUCAGUGUAAAUGUUGCACUUUCCCAACUGUUUAGUGUUGUUAGACAGAAAAAAAGAACUUACAGGAAAUUGGUGGCCGUCUUUUUUUAAUGUAAAUAAUUUUUGUUUAAAAAAAAAAAUGAUUACAGGGUGUGUUUUAAUCAUUUUUCUAUUUUCUCAGAAGCCAUCAGGAUGUUGUGUGUUGUGUGGUUUAAUUCCCUACAGAUAUUCAUAAUGUGGUUUUGAAAAGAGUUAAAACAUUUCAAAAUGCUGUUAACAACACAUAAAUGAACAUUAUUGAAAAAUGUCAUGACAAAUGUAAUUUUAUUUUGGAAAAUAAAUUUUAUUUGAUAGAACA